AGGAAUCGAAUUGAGAGCAGCGCAUCUUUUGCCAUUACAACACACAGUCCUUGCCAAGCACAACUGCAGCACAAAAAGUAGUAAGGGAGAACACUGCGCUUUCGAGGGCAGCAUUCGCCCCUUAUUUAUUACCAUCAUUGACUCCUGUUGGUACCCAUUGGACUUUUUCUCCUCUCUCCUAUUCUCUUUUUAAGGUGGGGAAACAUCAAACAAAGAUCAAAGGCAAAAACAGAAACAACUGAGUUUCGCUGAUAUCAUUAGUGCUGCUAUUUUUGCCCUUUGUUUUAUACGUACGCCGAUAUUGAUUAACAAGUGUGGUAAUAUAUAUUUCUCUAUUACUUCUAUUCGGAAGUUGGGCUUUUUACCGUGUAUUCUCUAAUACUCUUUGCCGCUCACUCGCACUCCCUUUCUUCGAGUGACGCGGCGCUCUGCUCUGCCGACACACAACUCGCCAGGCUCCGCUCCAUUUCGCGUCUUCCGCGUGUGUAGCUCUUCCAGACAAAAGCAGAGCAGCAAAAGAAAGCAAAACGGAGAAGACCCUUUGAACCAUGGGUCUCUCCGACAUCGACGAGGAUGAGCCGGUGACGCACUCCCCGACCCGUCCCAUCGUCCUCGCACCACCUUCCGCCGCCACCGCUGCAGUGGUCCCCACCGGCACCCCUCUCUACGAUGAACGCGCCAGCACGAAAAUCAACCGGCAGUUUAGCCCCUGCGCCAGUGCCAGCGCCGGCUCUGUCCUCGACGACUUAUUCGGCAGCGUCGACAUCAGCGCGUCACCGAGCUCCACACGGGCCAACGCCUCGCCUGUGUCGACGUCGUCUCCCAAUACGGGCAAGCCGGUCUCGACCACCGCGGCGGCAGCACCGAGCGUGCUGGACGAUUUGUUUGCGGCUCCUGCGCCACCCGCUGCUGGUGCUGGUGGUGUAUCGAUGGGGGCGGACAAGCAGAACGGCCAUGCAGUUACGGAAAGCCACGCUGUUUUAUACGUGGACGGCAACGGCUCCGGCGCGGGCGACGACGGCACCAACCUCUUGGACCUCUCCAAAGGAGCGAAGAAGGACAAGUACCACAACGCGGAGUCGUUUCUCGACGCCUUCGAACGUCAGGGCAAGAAGGGCGCUGUCCGCGGGGAUGAGGGCGAGACGCUGGCGCAUCUCACGCGCAACAAGGACGAUAACAAAGUGCGGGCUCGCCUGCUCGCGUUGAUGAACUACUACGACGUGCUCGGCGUGGCGCAGACCGCUUCGGAGGAGGAGAUCAAGCGGAGUUACAAGAAGAAGGCACUGGAGCUGCACCCGGAUCGCGUCGGUCGAGGGCAAACGCAGGAGGAGGCGGAGCUGUUCAAGGUGAUCACAAAGGCACACGAGGUGCUGACCGACGCGGAGCAGCGCCGUAAGUACGACGAAAGCCUCUCAGGCGGUCAGCCAGUGGCGACGUCCGCCAACGACUGGUGGGGCCACGUGAACAUGUGA